AUCUUUGCAUUAAUUGUUCAUUUAAACUGUAUUUUAUUGUUUGAGAAUAACUGAUUAGUCAUUUUAAUACAAAGCCCACAUCGACUGACAAGUCUUGGAUAUUUUAGGUUAGUUUGUACACAUGUUACAGUACCUCUGAUAAAUUGCAGAUCGUUUUGUUACCCUGUACAACAUGUACAAAACUGAAAAGCUCAUUUUGCGAUGUUUAGAGCAUUUAAUAAGUAGAAUGAAUUAACUUGAUCUUUAUUUUCAAUUUUCAAAUUCUUCUUCUUUACUUUACCCAUCGAAUAUUGCUAACCUAGAUAUAUAUUUAUGUAUACUGUAUUAUAGAGCCAACAUGAUGAGUAGUGAAGACUGGUUACUAAACGAUUUAUGAACAAGGUUGCUUUUUCAACGGAUGGAAGUCACGAUAUUUUGUGUUAUAUGACGACAGUAGUCUCUUGUGGUACCAGGACCGCGACUAUUACCACCAUAAAGAUGGUGGCUAAUUUCAUGGCAGUUGGACCAAUGUGUCUUCAUACAGCUGGAUUUCCUCAACUUCCAAAAGGCAGACAGGUUAUACAUUUAAUGGGUGUUCCAGACAUCUUCAAAAAAGGAACGAAAAAAGAAUAUAUCAAAAUGAACUGGAUCUUAUUUACUGCAGAUGAUGAGGACAUGAUGGCUUGGCUGGAGGCUAUCAAACCAACGCUGCCGCCGCCUCCUGCUAGGCCUGAGCGUCCUCGUCAUUUAAGCAAUAGUCAUCAGGCUGGACCAACUCCACCUACAAAUGUUGUGCAAUAGCAACCACAAGGGAAAAAACCGAAAAAUACAGAGGGACGAAGCAACACAGACUUUACAACUGGUGUAAUCAUUGGAGGAGCCAUAGGCUAUGGGCUUGGUGGUUAUGGACCAGGUUGGGGGUGGGGUUGGGGAUGGGGAUGGGGACCAACCCCCUACGGUGGAUUCUGGGGAAGUUGGAGUGACAUUGGUGACGGUGGAAGCGUGGACAUCGAUCAUAUUGACUACGAUUGUGGUAAUGAUAAUAAUAACGGGUAUGAUACACACGAUACUGGUGACUUCGAAGCUGGUAAUGAUGGUGCUGGAGGAGACUUUGGUGAUAGUGGCGUUGGGGGUGGAGGUUGUGGCGGUGGUGAUGGUGGUGGUGGUA